AUAAUGGAGCACAUGCCUAACAAGUGGGAGACUGUGGGUUUGAUCCUCGGCAUCCCCCAGCCACUUGAUAGGCUCAGAGGUUAAUUGUAAGCAUUUCCAUCGAUAGGGCCCGCUGCCUUACCCCUUACCCCCCGCCCCCCGCCUCUUUCUUUGGAAACAUCUCAGUGCUUACAACCGCCUUACUGAGGAUGUGCUUUUCACUAGAGUAAAACGCCGGUUUCCAGACAUGCCCAGGCAGCCGGGAGGCAGAAGAUUGGGCUUCCCAGCAACCACACGUUCGCGCCGGCGCUCCUAACCCAGUUGGCAGCCCAGCGCGUGCGCACUGGGUCUCGCCCCGCGGCUGGGGCGGAUCUUCCGGUGGGCGCGAGCGUCACGCCGAACACGUCUCAUCCCUGGGAGGCUGGCGGCAGGACCGUUGCGACUUGGUUUACGCGUGGGGCAACCACGCUGCCCAGGAUUCAUGAUCCCUGGCAAGGGUAGACCCUUGGAAACCUCGGAGCUGCUUCUCCUGCUGGGCCACCCACAUCCCACACAGACCUUUCAUUUGAGCUCAGAUUUUCAUUCUGACUGAAUGCUGCGCCAGUAUUGGUGACUUACAGACUCUUUGCCAAAUAGUCUGUGAAGGAUGCCAAGUGAAGGGAGCCGCCACUCCUGUCAAACUCAGGAGCAGGAGCAUUCACAGAGUCCGCCUGUCAGAGCUGAUGAAGAUACAACUGGGGAGCAGGAGCAUGGAGGUGCUGUGGAGGUGGGGAAGCAACUGGCCUCUCCUCCCUCUGACUGUGGGCCGUCCACCUCUGCCGAGGGGUGCACAUCAGCAGCCAUGAGGAGAGGCCCGACCCUGGUGCACAUCGACAGACAUCAGAUCCCCGCAGUGGAGCGGAAUGCACAGGCCCUAGAGCUGCAGGGCCUGGGUGUGGACGUCUAUGACCAGACCGUGCUGGAGCAGGGUGUGCUUCAGCAGGUGGACAGCGCCCUGCACGAGGCCAGUCGAGCAGCCCAGCUUGCAGAUGCUGAGAAGGAGUACCAGUCUGUCUUGGAUGACCUCAUGUCAUGUAUGACAUCUCUGAGGCAAAUCAAUAAAAUUAUUGAACAACUUAGCCCUCAAGCUGCUACCAACAGAGACAUCAACAGGAAACUAGAUUCUGUAAAACGACAGAAAUAUAAUAAGGAACAGCAACUGAAGAAGAUCACUGUGAAGCAGAAGCGCCUCCAGGCUGUCCUUGGCAGAGCAGAGGUGAGAGUGGAGCUGGAGCACGCUGGUGGCCUGGAGGAGGAGGAUGCAGAACCGGGCCCGUCCUGUCUUGGCAUCAUGCUCAUGCCUGCCCAGAAGACCGCCUGGGAGGAGCUCAUUCGCACCGGCCAGAUGACACCAUUUGGUACCCAGGUCCUUCAGAAAACAGAGAAAAAGCCUAGAAAACUAAUGCUCAAUGAGGCGUCAGGCUUCGAGAAGUAUUUGGCAGAUCAAGCGAGACUGUCAUUUGAAAGGAAGAAGCAAGCUGCUAAUAAAAGAACAUCCAGAAAAGCUGCAGCCUCAGUCAAGCCUGCCUCAAAUGCACAGUCAAAAGAAAACAAACCAAAGCAGAGAAGCCAGAUUCUCUCCAAAACAGACUGGCGCUUGAAGAAGCACAUCAGGAAGCUCCAGAAGAAGGCGCUGCAGUUCCAGGGGAAAGUGGGGCUUCCCAGGGGGAAGAGGUCCCUAGGGGCUGAGGCGAGGUUGCAGGCAAUGGGAAACUCUGAGAGUGAGGAGCCCAGGUCCUUCCCCAUGGAGGGGGAGGAAGAGGGAGAUGGGGAGGAGGUAGGGGCUGACCUGUCUGGAGAUGGCGCAGACUGUGAGCUGAGGCCUGAGCUCAGGGGCCAAAAACGCCAGAAGAAAGUCCCAGCGCAGGAGAAUGAUGACGACUUUUCUCCAAGUUCUGGGGAAGAAGCAGAAGCCACUGAAAGAGGCCGAGGAACAGGUCGAAAAGUAGUGAGGUGCUGCGACGAUGGAGAUGAAGAUUAUUAUAAGCAGCGGUUAAGGAGAUGGACUAAACUUAGAUUGCAGAACAAAGAGAAACACCUGAAGCUUGAAGACGACUCAGAGGAGAGUGAUGCGGAAUUUGAUGAAGGUUUUAAAGUACCAGGUUUUCUGUUCAAAAAGCUCUUUAAGUACCAGCAGACAGGUGUUAGGUGGCUGUGGGAAUUGCACUGCCAGCAGGCAGGAGGAAUUCUGGGAGACGAGAUGGGAUUGGGCAAGACCAUCCAGAUAAUUGCCUUCUUGGCAGGUCUGAGCUACAGCAAGAUCAGGACUCGUGGUUCAAAUUACAGGUUCGAGGGACUGGGCCCCACUAUUAUUGUCUGCCCAACAACAGUGAUGCAUCAGUGGGUGAAGGAGUUUCACACGUGGUGGCCUUCCUUCAGAGUGGCGAUUCUGCAUGAAACUGGCUCCUGUACCCACAGAAAGGAGAAUCUGAUUCGAGACAUUGCCCAUUGUCAUGGCAUUUUGAUCACCUCCUACUCCUACAUUCGGCUGAUGCAGGAUGACUUUAGCAGGCAGAACUGGCACUAUGUGAUCUUGGAUGAAGGACACAAAAUUCGAAACCCCAAUGCUGCUGUCACCCUGGCUUGCAAGCAGUUCCGCACACCUCACCGGAUCAUCUUGUCAGGCUCGCCGAUGCAGAAUAACCUCCGAGAGCUGUGGUCGCUCUUUGACUUUGUCUUCCCGGGAAAGUUGGGCACCUUGCCCGUGUUUAUGGAGCAGUUCUCUGUCCCCAUCACCAUGGGGGGAUAUGCCAAUGCUUCUCCUGUGCAGGUUAAAACUGCUUACAAAUGUGCAUGUGUCUUACGAGACACCAUAAACCCAUACCUGCUGCGGAGAAUGAAGUCAGACGUCAAGAUGAGCCUUUCUUUGCCAGAUAAAAACGAACAGGUCUUAUUUUGCCGUCUUACAGAUGAGCAGCAUAAAGUCUACCAGAAUUUCAUCAAUUCCAAAGAAGUUUACAAGAUUCUCAAUGGAGAGAUGCAGCUUUUCUCUGGAAUUGUAGCUCUAAGAAAAAUCUGCAACCACCCUGAUCUCUUUUCUGGAGGCCCCAAGAAUCUCGGUGGUCUUCCAGAUGAUGAACUAGAAGAGGAUCAGUUUGGAUACUGGAAGCGUUCUGGGAAGAUGAUUGUCGUUGAGUCUUUGCUGAAAAUAUGGCACAAACAGGGUCAGCGAGUACUGCUGUUUUCUCAGUCGAGACAGAUGCUGCACAUCCUCGAAGUGUUCCUGAGAGCCCAGAAGUACUCCUAUCUCAAGAUGGACGGCACCACUACCAUCGCCUCUCGCCAGCCUCUGAUUGCAAGAUACAACGAGGAUGCAUCCAUCUUUGUGUUUCUUCUGACCACGCGGGUAGGCGGCAUAGGUGUCAAUCUGACCGGGGCCAACAGAGUAAUCAUCUACGACCCUGACUGGAACCCGAGCACUGACACACAGGCCCGGGAGCGAGCCUGGAGGAUAGGCCAGAAGAGGCAGGUCACUGUGUACCGGCUCCUGAUGGCUGGCACUAUCGAGGAAAAGAUUUACCACCGACAAAUCUUCAAGCAAUUUUUGACAAACAGAGUGCUAAAAGAUCCAAAGCCAAGGCGGUUUUUCAAAUCCAAUGACCUUUAUGAGCUAUUUACUCUGACUAGCCCUAAUGGCUCCCAGAGCACUGAAACAAGUGCUAUUUUUGCAGGAAUUGGUUCAGAUGUUCCAACACCCAAACGCCAUUUAAAAAGGAAGAUUCUGCCAGCCUUUGGGACAGACCGGGAUGUUCCAAAAUGCAAGAAGUUCCCAGAUUCUAACACACUUGCAAAUGUGGCCACGUCAUCUGAACAUAAAUCUAAGGCAACAAGAGCUGAAGGAAUCAUGGUAACUUCCAGUCCAAGUAACCGUUUGAAAACUGACCCUCACCCGGGUGGCAGGGUAACUAGCAGUGACAGGGUUAGUGAGGGGACAAGUGCAGCGUCUGGACCAGAGGAGCCACCAGUGACCAGUGGAAAUGGAGACUGUUCUGAUUGCCCACGAAUUGGCGGAGCUCUCCUCCUGUCUGGUGAAGAAAACAUUGCUGCGAAGCAGGGGCCUUCUGAUGAAGGAGACAGCGGCCUGGUUCCAGCAGAACCUCCUCGGGAGAAUGAACAGGUGGGAAGUCAUUCCUAUAAGCACAAGUCGAAAAGGAAGCAUCAGGGUGUGGCGGAAGAGGGGACGCUGGAGAAGCGGCAGAAGCACGAGAGCACCAGGCACCGCAGAGAUGCCAAGUUCGAGGGCACACGAGUGCCGCACCUGGUGAAGAGAAGGCGGUACCACAGGCAUGAUCUGGGCCCCGACAGCAAGGCCAGGGUGCACAGUGGUGACGACUAUGUUCUAGAAAAGCUCUUCAAGAAAUCAGUGGGCGUGCACAGCGUUGUGAAGCAUGAUGCCAUCAUGGACGGUGCCAGCCCGGACUACGUGCUGGUGGAGGCAGAAGCCAACCGAGUGGCACAGGACGCCCUGAAAGCCCUGCGGCUGUCCCGUCAGCAGUGUCUAGGUGCUGCGUCUGGUGUUCCCACCUGGACUGGCCACAGGGGCGCCAGAGUGAAGAGUAGAUUUGGUCAGAAAAGGAACUCUAACCUCUCUGUGCAUCGUCCUUCAUCCUCUUCAACAGAAGAAUGCCAGCAGGAUGGUUUGGUGAAAAGGGAAGGAAAAGACCACAUGUCGGAGCACUUCAGUGGAAAAGCUGAGGACACAGACUCUUCCUCCGGGGCCCUCACCUCUUCCUCCCUCUUGGCCAGGAUGAGAGCAAGAAACCACCUGAUCCUCCCUGAGCGCUUGGAGAGUGAAAAUGGGCACGUGGCAGAGGUGUCUGCACCGCCAUCCUGCGCCACGGAGCACGAUGAGCUACUGGUGGACAUGAGGAACUUCAUUGCUUUCCAGGCCCGUGUGGAUGGCCAGGCCAGCACCCGAGAGCUCCUACAGGAGUUCGAGCCCAAGCUGUCUGCAUCACAGUCCUGUGUCUUCCGGGAGCUGCUGAGGAACCUGUGCACCUUUCACAGGACACCAGGCGGGGAAGGAGUGUGGAGACUCAGGCCAGAGUACUGCUGAGUCUGGCAUUCCCCCACCUCCUGGCUCCCAGCACAGGAUUCGGAACCCCCCACCUGGGCCUGUGACCCUCCACAUGGCAUCUACCUCAUGACCAGAGCCAAGGAAGGAAGUGGUGUUCCUCAGCCCUGCAGAGUUUCAAAAUGCUGACUGAAGAAGGAAAUACUGGGCCUGGGGGUGGGAACUAUGUUAUAAAAUCAGGGACCCAACAGAUAAUCCUCGCAGCACAUGUGUUCCUUUGGCCAAAAGAUACUGUCAGGGAGCGCCUUGUGCUCAUGGAGAGGUUUGUGGGACAGAAGUCUCAUUUUAUUGGUGCUAGACACAUGGCUUCCAUUCAGUCAACCUGUUCAAUAAAUUAGAUUUUCAGUAUUUGAUAGCAGCAGUGUUCUGGUGCGUAACUUUUAAAUGCUUAAAUUUACCAUUUGCCACCCAAAAGAGAUCAGUUUCUUAUCUUGGAAAACAGUUGCCUUCAUAAACAGUCUCCUUUUAAGUUACUAUACAUUGGCAGGUUUUAAAAUUUUUGCUUUUGGUGCUGAGAGUUGAGCUUAGGCCCUCGCAUACUGAGUGCAGGCUCCACCCUGAACCGAAUGUCCCGCUGCAGGUGUUACCAUGAGUAAAGCAGGAAAUAACUUGUUAAUAGUCAUGUACUCAGUUUAUCCCGGCUGUACUUUAAGUGAAAGGUGCCCCCCGCCAUAGUAACUGUUGAUUUCGGGAAAGUUGAAAGUGUUACCAUGUUUUACACAUUAAAUGAAAAAUCCAAGCAGAACUGCUAGGAAGUGCACCACCCAGGAACAUCCCUGCAGAUCUCAGCCAGGGUCUGGCCUGUCCCUGUGCAGCAGGUGUCCCACGCACUUGGACUGCACGUGUAUGUGCCCCUGCUGCGGAGCCGGUGCCUUCAGAUCUGAGCCGCUUCAGCUGUGGCUCCUCUGCAGUCACUGCUCAUGCCUUCCCUUGCGGCGUGACUCUCCUGUCUCAGUGGCUUGCUUUUCACUUGAGCCUGUUCGUGGGUUUAUGGUUCUGUGGUGGUGCAGCCUUACUCCUGUCCCUCAGCCUUGUUUUUCUCAUUUCCUUCUCAUGGUUGCAUGUCAUCUCUUCUCUGAAGUCUUGUUACCCUGAGUCUAUUGUAUUCCUGCUUUUCCGCCAUAGCUGUCACACUGCAGUUUGUCUCCUGGAUGUUUCCGCUGCCUGGUGCUUUUUGUCUUCCAUUUCUCUGUACGUGUAUUUUGCUCACCUCCCUCCCAUGCCUCGGCCUACGCCUUCUCAUACUUACAGUGGGCAGCCAUGUGCAGUCCCAUCUGCUUUUCCCUGCUACCCAGAGGAGGCACCUCUGCAGGCUGUGUGUUGCUGCAGCUGCCCGAUAUGGGCUCGGCUCUCUGUGCGGAGACUUUGAUUGAUAGGUCAGGCCAGGGAUCCUUCCCCGCAGUCAUGGUUCCCAGCAGGAUCUCCUGCUUCCAUUCUUAGGAUUCCGGCUUGUUCAUUUUUAUAUAUCUGUAUGUGUGUUUGUGCGUGCAUUUGUGUGUGUGUGUGUGUGUGUAUGUGGGGAGGAAGGUUACAUUACUUCACUUUACCAUAGGAGGGAUUACUAAGGUCAGUGAGUCCUAACCUUCAGUACCUGGCACAAUGGAGGUCAAAACUCAUGGCUGGUUUGCUUCUGGGGAGCUUUCCAUUUAUUUUUAUGUUUAUAAUCCCUAGCCUGUAGAAAAAUUGUGUCCUUUUGUUCUCAGGGCUUCCUACCUGUAGUGUCAGAAGUCUAAACCGUAUUGAGCUAGAGAGAAGGUAAAGUGUAGCUUUCUCUUCAACUAAAAAUACCUGUCGGAAGUUGGCAGUGCAGUAAUCGUGAGGUGGUCUUCACCCAAGCUGUGCCUGCAUGCUCUGGCCCUGGGUGGGCUGUGUCUCGGGCUGGACACCUGUGAACACAAUCCUGUCCUCUCGUUUGAUGGACAAGGACAACGAUGCUCUGUGGAAGUGGUUUUGACAAGACAGGUAACUUAUUCAUUAGAUAAAGUCUAACUUCUAGAAUAUUAAAUGGUUUGUGCAGUGUAAAUAUAUUUAAUGUGUAUAUCAGUAUGAAUAAAGGAUUUAAAAAUUU